AGAGAGAGAGAGAGAGAGAGAGAGAGAGAGAGAGAGAGAGGGGGGAAGAAACAAUGGAGAAUGGAAGCGAAGAUCCACAAUUACAACUACAAGAGCAACAACAGCCGCAGCCGCGACGGUUGAAACCGAUCCCACCGAAUCCACCACCAACAGAUCGACCGGCUCGUAUUUACGCCGACGGUAUCUACGAUCUCUUCCACUUCGGCCAUGCUCGCGCCCUUGAACAAGCCAAAAAACUGUUGCCCAACACUUACCUUCUUGUUGGAUGCUGCAAUGAUGAAAUCACCCACAUGUACAAGGGAAAAACUGUUAUGAAUGAUAAGGAGCGCUAUGAAUCUCUGCGCCACUGCAAAUGGGUUGAUGAAGUUAUUCCAGAUGCACCUUGGGUUGUUACCCCGGAGUUCAUUGAGAAACAUCAUAUCGACUAUGUGGCACAUGAUGCUCUUCCUUAUGCAGAUGCAAGUGGAGCUGGAAAUGAUGUUUACGAGUAUGUUAAGUCCAUUGGUAAGUUUUUGGAGACCAAGCGGACUGAUGGAAUAUCUACUUCAGAUUUAAUAAUGAGGAUUGUAAAAGAUUACAAUGAAUAUGUGAUGCGCAAUUUGGACCGAGGAUAUUCAAGGAAGGAUCUUGGUCUAAGCUACGUGAAGGAAAAAAGGCUGAGAGUGAACAGGGGGUUGAAAAAGUUGCAUGAGAGAGUAAAGAAACAACAAGAAAAAGUGGAAGAGAAGAUACAAACAGUAGCAAAGCAUCGGAAUAUUUGGGUGGAAAAUGCUGAUAGAUUGGUUGCUGGUUUCCUUGAGAUGUUUGAAGAGGGUUGCCACAAGAUGGGCACAGUCAUAAGAGACCGAAUUCAAGAACAGAUAAGGACCAAGAGUAUAAAAGGGCUUCUAUAUGACAAAGAAGACGACGAUGAUGAUUAUGACUACUAUUAUGGGAGCACUGACGAUGAUGAAGAAUACUACGAUGGUGAAGAUGAAGACUAGGGUACCUCACUUUUCCGAGUUCUGAACAGUAAGGUACUUUCGUGGUAAGCUUCACCGUGUAAAGUGUAGCUUAUGAAUCAAGUUGGUUGAAGAUGUAUUAUGUGUAACAGUUGGGUGCGCCUGCAAUGUGCAUGUUUUCUUUGGUUAGGAUUUAGUGGCAAUUAGUUGUGUUGUAAAACCAUGAUCAAGCAUAGUCUUGUACUGUCGCGCUGUCAAGCAGAGUGAUUUGUCUAAUAUGAGAUCAGUAAUUACAUGUUUUUGAAAGGCGAAAUACAUAAGCGGCCCCUUCAAGUUGUUCUCAACGGUCAGCCAGACACCUCAACUGACCCUUUUAUCAUUUAAACACUUCAAGUGGCUAUUAACUGUACCAAAUAGACACCUCAUAGUGACAUGGCAAGUUACGUGCAUUUUAGUUACAGUUUAGCGCGUGAGUCUUUUAUCAGACUUGUUUUCUCUUAUUUUUAGAAUUAAGUUAAAUUUUAUGUCUGGGUCCCACGCCACAUUAUCAUUUUUGCCCACAUCUUUUAACGAUCAAACCAGUGUUUUUUCACCCAAAUUUCAUAUGAACCUUCCUCACCCCAACAUCAUUAUCUCCACGACUCCACCACCUUAAACCACCACCUUCCACUGUAAAUUCGCCACCUAUAUUUCAACUUGGAUGCAAAAACUAAUAAAAAAAAAAAGAACAAAAAAAAAAAAAACUAGAAGCUCGCAUCGAGAAGGUUUCGUCAAUAGUGGUAUAACUCCUGUGUAUUUCACUAUCUCAAAUCUGCCAGAGUUCAUCGCCGGCGGACUGUUUAUACUAGCUGCUAUUGCUAGUCGAAAAUGGAGCCUUGCCGGCGAAUACAGCUGGUCAUUUAUUGUUGCUUUGUUUUUUCUCUACCUUCUCUCUGUUUCUACUAACACCUAAAAUAAGUUGAGUUGGUCAGUUGGUUUGCUGAUAAAGAGGCGAAAUUAGAAGAGUGGUUGGGAGAAUAAGGAAUUUGUAAAGUCCCAUUUUCUUUUCUUUGUGGAUGUUGCUCUAUUACAUAUAAAUCGUUAAUCAUUGGAGUAUUUUCUGUCCUACAAUGGCGUUGGCUCUACUAAAUCAGGGACGAGAGAGAUAGGAGGUGAGAGGGAGAUGGGGCGGAAGGAAGAAGAAGAAGAAGAAUAGGGUUGGGCGUUGGGAAAGGUACUGGUGUGCUAAAAAUUUAAAAAGGGUUUUUUUUGUCUUUCUUUGUUAAUAACACGUGUCAUUGUUUAAUUAGUUCGUUUGACACGUCAUUGGCAGGUGUAAUUCACGCAUUUGGUCUGCUGCACUCGGGUGUCUAUUUGGUACAGUUAAUAGCCACCUGAAGUGUGUAAAUGAUAAAAGGAUCAAUUGAGGUGUCUGACUGACCGUUGAGGAGAACUUGAAGGGGCUGUUUAUGUAUUUCACCUUUUGAAAAUGCAAAUUCUUGUGGCAAGUGCAUAUUAAGGACCCCGUUUCUUGA